UAUAUCUUCUACUCGCAGAUUCCCCCGGCCCCUUCCUAGCAAAUUAUUUGAAGAGUCAUGUUUGCAAUGGCGCCGCAGAGAUACAUCUUUGCAUGUCUCCUUGUUAUCUUUCUUUCUUUCCUCUCUUGCUACAGCACUUCGCCCGAGUACCCAUCUCAGAACCAUCAUCUUCAAGCAUCUGCGUCAUCAGAAGCUUACUUUCAGAAUAAAAUUCGCAGGCUUUUAGCUUCGGUCAAGACAGUUAGUGUUGAUGAUUUCGGAGCAAAAGGUGAUGGAAGCGAUGACACCCAGGCAUUUAAGAAAGCAUGGCAGGCUGCUUGUUCAUCAUCUGCAGCCGCUACUCUGUUGGUACCCAAAAAGAAGUACCUCGUCAAGCCAAUCAGAUUCGCCGGCCCAUGUAAAGCUGUUCUAACUUUGCAGAUCUAUGGAACCAUUGAAGCAUCUGCCAAUCGAGCCGACUACAAGGAAGAUGCGACACACUGGCUUUUAUUUGACAGCGUGCAGAAUUUACAGGUUCAAGGGGGUGGAACCAUCGAUGGCAACGGGAACACGUGGUGGGAGAAUUCCUGCAAGAUCAAUAAGGCCCUUCCCUGCAAGGAUGCGCCAACGGCAUUAACCUUCUACAAUUGCAAGAAUAUUAUUGUGAAGAAUUUGAAGAUCCAACAGGCGCAACAAAUUCACCUGUCUUUCGAGAAAUCCACAAAUGUUCAAGCAUCAAGCCUCACCGUGACUUCACCGCAGACGAGCCCCAAUACCGAUGGAAUCCACAUUACGGACACUCAAAACAUCCAGAUUUCGAGUUGUGUUAUAGGGACAGGUGAUGACUGCAUUUCAAUUGUAAGUGGGUCUCAGAAGGUGAAAGCCACGGACAUAACCUGCGGACCAGGCCAUGGCAUCAGCAUUGGAAGCUUGGGUUCUGGGAAUUCCAAGGCUUUUGUUUCGGAUGUUUUGGUGAAUGGGGCUAAGCUGUAUGGAACACAAAAUGGACUUAGGAUCAAGACAUGGCAGGGUGGAUCAGGAAGCGCCAGCAACAUCAAAUUUCUUAAUGUGCAGAUGAAUAAUGUGGACAAUCCUAUCAUCAUAGACCAAAGUUAUUGUGACCAAGAUAAACCAUGUAAAGAGAAGGGCUCUGCUGUUCAAGUUAAAGACGUGCUCUACCAAAAUAUCCAAGGAACAAGUGCCUCCGAUGUCGCCAUAAACUUCAGCUGCAGCAUGGACUUCCCAUGUGAAGGGAUUGUGUUGCAGAAUGUAAACAUUAAAAGAGAAGGUGCUGCUGCUGCUGCCUCCAAGGCUUCAUGCAACAAUGUCAAACUCAGUGAGACAGAAGCUGUUGCGCCCCAUUGUCCUUGAACGAGAGAAAACUACAGAUACUAUGAAAUUCACUAGGGAUUGGAGGAGAAAUCGGAAUUUUUUAUUAUUUGGGCAUGCACCAUAGUGUCUAUAAGUUGGGGUAUAGUUAUCAAAAUAAAGGUUGAUUUUGAUUCAUUACAUUUAAUAAACAUUGAUGUAUAAACGGCAUUGUUUUAUGUAUUGAAGGAUCCCCUUAUUUCUGUUAGAAGUUAUAUGGGAUUUUCUCUGCAGUUUAAAUAUACAUUAUAUUAGGGCUAAGCGAGGAAACUGCAGAAAAUCAAUCGAUCGAACGUAACCACCAAACCCAUGGUUUAGUUCCCUGAAGCAAUAGUGGGCUUUGGCUUAGGAUUUUCCAUGACCAAGUCGUUGUGGCAAUGGUUUCAUGUAUCAGUAAACUGAAACAAACCCGAUGUACUGCUAGGGCAUUUCCUUGAGCUGUAGCACUAGAUUAACAAUA